AUUUUAUCCUCUGUCUUCCUCUCCUCUUUCUUUUCCCUCCUACUCUCUCCUCAUUUGACGUAGCAAUUCAACUGUUACCCGAGUGUUGUCGUUGAAAGAAAGAAGAGGAAAUGAGAAACAGUAACUCGAUUUGACCUCUUUGGUUCCGUGAUUGGACAUUUUGUUGGUAACAAGAGAUUUUCCUCUUUACUGGCUGGAUGGUUGUAAGGUGCAAUGGCAGUAAAGGUACAGGCAGUCAUAGCAGCCUGGAAGAGCUUCGAGUUGCACAGUGUACAGAGGGAACUGGAUGAGACAGCCUCAGAGCUUGCUACUCGUCAAGAUGAGUCAGAGCACUCCCGAAAGAAGCUGGUAGAACUCUCCAGGGAGUUCAAGAAGAACUCCCCAGAGGAUGUACGAAAGCAUGUGGCCCCAUUGCUGAAGAGCUUUCAAAGUGAAAUUGAUAACCUCAAUAAAAGGAGCAAGUUUGUGGAGACUGCAUUUUUGAAUGUUUAUAAGAAGGUGAUCGAUAUUAGUGAUCCACUUCCCACCCUUGAGUACUGUGUUGGCCUUGAGAAAAAGAUAGGCCGUCUUGCUGACCUCGAAAUUGAAAACAAGAAUCUGAGAGAAACUCUGCGUGAAUAUAAUGAAGAGUUCAAAGAAGUGAGAAACCAAGAUGUAACCAUCAAAGCACUCAAGGAGAAGAUAAAGAAUUAUGAAGAUCUUAUGGAUAACAAUGUGCAGACCAAGAUUAAGGAGAUGGAAAGAGAGCUUUCACGUCAGUAUGCUGAGAAGGAGAGGCUGCUAGAGGAGACACAAGAAUCUGUAAUGAGGAGGCUGCAGGAUGCCGAAUCAAGAGCCCAGACUCUCCAGUCCACCCUGGACCAGACCCAAUCAGAACUGUUUGAGCUGAAGAGCAAGUCUGAAGAGUCAAAUUUUGCCCGGUCAGAUGAAAUUAACAUCCUGUUGAAUGAUCUUGAGCGGGCAAAUCAGAGAGCCACCAUAGCUGAAAGAGAAUCUGCACAGCUCAAGGAACAGCUUCAGAGUUUAACUGCUGCUCAUAAUUCACUGACAGAAAACAUGUCUGUCAUGAGUACCUCUGUUAAUGAAGUUGAACUGUCUGCAGAGACCUUAGCAAGAUCAUCUCUUGAGAUAGAAUUGGCAUCUAAGGACAAGGAAAUAUCCCAAUUGGUAGAAGAUAUCAAACAGCUGCAGAAUUCCCUCAAUCUUCUUAGGGAAAGUUCCUCUAGCCAAAUUCGGGCCCUUGAAGAAAAUCAGGAAAGUAAUACUCAUACCAUUGCUACCUUGGAAGCCAAAGUUCAGCAGCAAAGGGAUUAUGAUGAAAUCAAAAGGGAACUGAGUAUCAUGAAGUCUGUUGAAUUUAGUUCCAUUUCUAAGGAUGGCGGAGAAGAGAGCAGUUUUGAAAGCUCCUCUAAACCACUAGAAGUGCUCCUCUUAGAGAAGACAAAGGUUUUGCAGAAUGAAAAUACUGCACUAAAACAAAUGAAUAGUAAUAUGAAUAAAAAGACAGUAGAGUACGAACAGGAGCUCACAACACUACGUUCUCUUGCUGCUGAACAAAAGGAUUUGAUAUUACACCUUGAAUCUGACCUCUCAUCAGUCCAGACCCUUUCCUCUUUGUACCGUGGUGAAGGUGAAGGUUCUUCAGUGCCAGAAAUAGUAGCCGAGGCAGUUAGGGCUUCUACAAGUAGCACCCCUCCUCUCGGUACCCCUCAGUCUUCAGUCACUGAUACACCAACUCCAGUACAAGGAGGAAUCCCACCAGACUUUUCAUCAGCAGCAGAAUCUAUUUUACCAAUCAUUUCUUCUCAGAGGGAGCGUUUCCGUCAACGUAAUGAGGAGUUAGAAGCUGAACUGACUGGAAAAAGUCAGCAAGUAGUACUUCUUCAAAAUGAAUUGGAUAAUCUUCGUGCUGAUAACCUGAAACUAUAUGAAAAGAUUAGAUUUCUCCAGUCUUACCAAGGGCGACAAAGCAGUGAAGAUUCUGCAGCAGAAUCACGAUAUAGUAGCCAGUACGAAGAGGCACUAGAUCCCUUCUCGUCAUUCUCGCGUAAAGAGAAGCUACGCCGGUAUUCAGCUCUUAGCCCAUUUGAAAAAGUGACCUUGUCAAUGGGGAGGUUUAUAUUAGGCAACAAAACAGCACGGACUGUAACUUUCAUGUACACUGCCUUAGUUCACUGUCUGGUAUUCCUUGUACUUUACAAAUUGGCCCAUACAGAGUCAUGUAAGCGUGAUUUUGCUUCUGACUGUGCUCAGAAAUUUGCAGAGCAUAUGAAUCAGGUUCAUGGUCAUAGUGAUUUCCAUGACUUUAACCAGUAGAUCAUAGAGUGAUUAUAUCUAUAGCACAAAAGGUACAGUUGGUUGAUAAACAUAGAAAAGAGAUAUGGUGUUUUUUUAAGUUUAUAUUUAAUAGUGCAUAAAUGAGUAUAGCUUUUAUCUCCUGUGAUGGCUAAAUUUCUAAAGAUUGAAUAAACAUUCCUAUAUUCUUGCCUGACCAUAUUAAUAUGGAAAAUUCAGUUGU